AAGUGGUGGGGCUCAGGUUCCAGUGGGGGGCUCAGAGCAGGGCUGGGGGCUCAGGACCCCAGGGGGAAGGUGAGGGCUGCAGGCCCUGUUGGUGUAGAGGGUCCAUGGCAGUAGCUGGGGAAGGCGGCUCCAUGGGGGGCGCGGGCGGGCGGCCCAACGCGGUGGAGACACUGCAGGAGGAGGCCGUCUGUGCCAUCUGCCUCGACUACUUCACCGACCCCGUCUCCAUCGGCUGUGGCCACAACUUCUGCCGCGUCUGCAUCACUCAGCUCUGGGGAGGCGAGGAAGAGGGCGAGGGCCAGGCCGAGUAUGAGGCUGCGGGGGACGAUGUGGGGAUGGGUGGCGAGGAGGAUGACGUGGAUGAGCUGGACGAUGAUGACAACGUAGAGUACAAUGAGGAGGAAGAGGAGGGGGACGGGGAUGACGUGGCUGAGGAGGAAGACGAUAUGUGGAGCGAGGAAGACGAGGACACCGACCUGUGGGACGACCCAGGGGAGGAUGACAUGUGGGAGGACGAGGUGGGAGAUGAGCUCUUCUUCGAGGAGGACGAUUACGAUGAGGAGGUGAUGGAGGAGGAGGACCUGGAGGAGGAGGAGGAAGAGCCGCUGCCACCACCUCCCCCAGCAGCAGUGGCCACGCGACCUCGACACCCCCCAACUUUCACCUGCCCCCAGUGUCGCAAGACCUUCCCCCAGAGGAACUUCCGGCCCAACCUCCAGCUGGCCAAUAUGGUGCACAUCAUCCGACAGAUGCACCCACACCCCCAGCGACUCGCAUCACCGGCCGCUGGGACCUCGGCAUCUGGGAGGUCUGGGAGUGCGGCAGGGGUGGCACGGGGGCUGGAGAAAAGAGCCCUGUGUGAGAAACACCAAGAACCCCUCAAGCUCUUCUGUGAGGUGGACGAGCAUGCCAUCUGUGUGGUGUGCCGGGAGUCCCGGAGCCACAAGCACCACAGCGUUGUCCCACUGGAGGAGGUGGUGCAGGAUUACAAGAUGAAACUCCAGGGCCACCUGGAUCCGCUGAAGAAGAAGCUGGAUGCAGUUCUGAAACAGAAAUCAAGCGAAGAGGAGAAAAUUACUGAGCUGAAGAACAAGAUGAAGCUGGAGAUCAAGGAGUUCGAGUCGGACUUCGAGCUGCUGCACCAGUUCCUGAUCGGGGAGCAGGUGCUGCUGCUGCACCAGCUGGAGGAGCGCUACGAGGCGCUGCUGGCCCGCCAGAGCAGCAACAUCAGCCAGUUGGAGGAGCAGGGCGCCACCCUCGGGCGCCUCAUCGCUGAGGCUGAGGACAAGAGCAGGCAGGACGGGCUGCAGCUGCUCAAGGACAUCAAAGACACCUUCAUCAGGUGCGAGAGCGUCAAAUUCCAGGAGCCGGAGACCGUUCCGGUAGACGUGGGGAAGAAAUACCGCAAUUACUUCCUGCAGGACGUGGUGAUGAGGAAGAUGGAGAAGGUCUUCAGGAAAGUCCCUCAAGCUGACGUGACCCUGGACCCCGACACGGCCCAUCCUCACCUGAGCCUGUCCCUAGAUCGCCGGAGCGUGAAGCUGGGCGAUCGUCGCCAGGACCUACCCGACAACCCCAAGCGCUUCGACUCCGACUACUGCGUGCUGGGUUCUCAGGGCUUCAGCACGGGGCGCCACUACUGGGAGGUGGAGGUGGGGGGCCGGCGGGGCUGGGCAGUGGGGGCAGCCCGGGAGACAGCCCGGCGGAAGGAGAAGACGGGUGGCCCCUACCAGAAGCGGGAGAUCUGGUGCGUGGGUGCCAACGGGAAAAAGUACCAGGCGCUGACGGCCACGGAGCAGACAGCGCUGCCCCCUGGGGAGAAGCUCCGGCGCUUUGGGGUCUACCUGGACUACGAGCGGGGUCAGCUGUGCUUCUACAACGCCGAGAACAUGGCCCACAUCCACACUUUCAAUGCCACCUUCCGCGAGCGCAUCUUCCCCUUCUUCCGCAUCCUAGCCAAGGGCACACGCAUCAAGAUCUGCACCUGACCCGCUUCCUCGCUGCCUCGGGCCUCCUCCCCCGCUGGGUCCCUCCCACCAUUGCACGGAUCCUCCCCACCCUGUCCCAGGAUCCGGCACCGCACAGAGGCAUGGGGGAGGCCGCCUCAGCCGGCCUGACAUUCCAAAGCCUGCCUCGUCCCUUUGCAUUGCUCUGUUUUGAAGUGUGAGGGCGGCCAGGGGAGGGAUUGGUUCCGGGGAUGAUGGGUGGGUUUUCAUGCUGCUGUCAGGCGAUCCCCCCCCUCCUGUCCGAUGCACAAUGUGUGAAUUGCUCUUGCCGUACCACUGUAACCUCCCCCCGAUCUGUCCCUCUGCCGUCACGCUGUAGCGCCCCGGUGCUCCUGCAAAACCCUUGCUCGUGUCUGUAGGCUGAGCAGGCGGAGGUGAGCGACUUCACGGAAGAUCUAGGCCACAGACUUGGCGAGGGAGCUCUGAGCAUCCCCGGAAGCGCUGGCCCCCUGCUCUGUCCCGUAAUGACUCAAGCUCCCAAGGGACUUGGCCACCCAGAUCUCAUUGAAUUUCCUUUGGCCCUGUUGGAAGAAUUCCAGCCAUCCAACUUCCC